AUGCCUCGAGGUAGACCCUCGUCUAAGCUUGCUCAGCAAGACUUCCCCUAUGUCGCGAUAAGUAAAAUUGUUGCGCAUACCCUCGAUCCCGAUACCGCGCUUGUGACCCUCACUGUCCUCGUCAAAGGCUCCCGCUUAGAUGUCUCCGAAUGGGAUGUCCAGGAGCAUCGGCCGACUUUACUAUACGACUACUGGGCUAGCUUUCGGGGUAAGACGCGUCAAGACGUCCUAGGGAUUGGAGAGCUUUACCACCCCUUCCGGCUGCUACGACACCGUCGCGUUCGAGGGCAAUGGCAAGUACUGGUGCAAUGGCUUGGAUAUACAAACGAGGGGGAGGACGUCUCUUGGGAGCCAGCUGUGAAGAUGCGUGCCGAUGCGCCGGAUGUUCUGACAGAUUACUGCGGCUACGUAAACGAUGAGAGUGUGGAUGCUGCGCUUCUUGGACCCAUGGCACGAGCGGAGGGGAACGGCGACGUGGAAGAAUCAAAUGAGACCAAGCCUCUUGUCGCAACUCCUGCGUCCGCCAGGCACUCGGCCAAGAGGAAGAGAGACAGUCUAGUCGAGCAGCCUGAAAUUCCCAGCGAAAAACGCCGACGACCAUCCAGGCAUGAUUCGACUCCCGCCACGAAAGGAUCUUUGCCCAGAUCCUCAGCAUCAAAGCGUCGACAGCCGCAACUCCCUCCAGACGUCUCUCAAUCACAGACAACGCCUAGGCCCACCACUUCAGUUCGGAAACAAUCCCGGGCCACUAUGGAUGAGCUCACAAAUACCGGCGCGUCCCCUGCGCCGACAAAGCCUCUUCUCCGGCGGAAGAGCACCCGAGGAUCCUCUGUUGAGCCAGCCACAUCAAUCGAGGCCCAGCGCCUCAGCCCUGCAGAUGUUCCCCGUACGAUGCUAUGGUUCAUGGACGACUUCACUGUCGGCGACAUGCAGAAGGUCUGCCGCUUCAUCGAUGAGCACUGCACGGGCAAACUUCGUUUGCCUUUAUAUAGCGGCGGCGACUGGGACGGGAAAGCUGCAAGCGGUAGAUGGGAGGACGUCUUCAUGGUGAGCCCGCUUGGACGAUUGGGAAGGUACGACAAUCAAGAUGGAAAAGAGGAGUGA